AUGCCCACUCUGUCGUUGCCCAAGAACCGCAGCACGGGAAACCUGCAUCUGUCGGCUGACCCGCCAGACCGCAGUCGAUACCGAAUGUCCUUUGAGGCUUCGCCGGCCGGCAUCAUGGACCACGACCCAAUCACCAGACCAUCUCCUAUCAGCGACCACGAGCACGGCCUGGGGCUCUCUGGCCUGCGCCGCAUACGACAGCAGCACCCUCCGUCUCGAGCGCCGACCCUGCCCAGCUCAAAUGCCUCUUCACGCAGCCCUUCAGUCGUUACGCUUACCCGGUCUACCUCCAUGACCGCCAUGUUGAGCAGCUACGGUACUACGGCGUUUGCGGGACCGCCCACGUCUCCCAGCUUUUCCGAAGACUUGUCGCGGUUUCCCUCCGAGUCUUUGCACUCCUUCUCCUUCGCCCAUCAGUCGGAAGACUUUUUACACAACCGCCAGAAUGUCCUGAAACGGUCCCUGGAGUUUAUGAAAGACCGCAUGGGUCUGUCCAUGACCUCGACGCAAGCCGGCCUCGCUAGCGCCCAGGCCAGAGUUUCGGGCGACGUUGAUGCGCAGCAUAUGCUGGAACUGCUCGCGCGAGCCCAAGUCAUAGGCGCUGGAAACCUGCCAAAUCCCAAUCCUUCAGCCAUCGCUGCUCCGCCACUGACUGGCCCGGCCGACCUACCUGCUGAGAAUGUGUUUGAGAAGCAAUUUAGCCCGAGAGCGUCUAUAUCGGAAUCGGUAGCAUCUGAUCUCGGACCUGCAAGUUUACAAAGAGUGCCUACUCGCGACGACGAGUUGGUAUCCGCCGACAAGAGUGCAGCUAUUGAAGCAAGACUGAAAUUAGAACAUUCAAAUAGAACUCACCCUGAUGACAGCGGACUCACUUUGAAGACGUCAUCGUCUACGACAAGGCCUACAAGCUUAAAACGAACAAUGACCGAUACUCUAGGCAUGGCUUUACAAGAUAAGCUGAUGGAUACAAUGUCUCAACCUUUUCUUCCUGGCGAGCCGCUUUACGAAGAGCCUCUUUCUUCCCCGGUAUCGACCCAGCCGGCCAUGCCACUCAAAAUGAGCUUCCCUGCCGCCGUCGGCCCGGCAGUGCACGGCCAUACAAACAGAUGGGUGCCGGCCGCGCAAGCCAUUUUCACAACAGAGGCUAAGCCACCAUGGACCAUCUUGGCGGCCAAUGAUCUGGCUUGUCUGGUAUUUGGAGUCACAAAAGCAGAAGUACGAAAGAUGGGCAUUCUGGAGGUGGUACAAGAAGAGAGAAGGGCGUGGCUCGAGAAGAGGCUUUUGCAGUUAAACGACGCAGAAAUGGAUGAGGACAGCGAGAGCGGCCACAAAGCCACCCCGGCUGCUUCAGCUGCGUCUGCGUUGCUGGGUGGCAGAUCGGGAAUCACUGCCCAGCUCCUUAGCAAGCCCAGCUCGAGGUCACAACCGCCGCAAUCCCAGAGACGCGCCCAGACAGUUCACAGCGGAGACCCAAACCCUCCUGCUACGCGUACCAGCGGUCACCAUCGCAACAACCUCUCACGUGGUGUCUUACUGUGCGGUGACGUGGUUCCGAUUCAGAAACGCAAUGGCGCCACUGGAUCGGCGAGUCUAUGGGUCAAGGAAAAACGCGUGGGGCUGAUCUGGGUACUUGAGGAAAUUCACGAGGACGUGGCUAAUAUUGUGUUGGAUGAAGAGGGUAUCGUGCAAUCCGUUACGGGAGCAACCGAGCCAAUUUGGGGCUCCAAGUCAAUAAAACCGGGCUUUGAUGUCGCGAAGCUUAUUCCGCGUAUCCCACGACAAGGCAUUGACCCGAACGAGGGCGAAAUUGACUUUGCUCAGACCUCUCGAAGACGCUACUUUACGUGCCCAAAUUCACACAAGUCGAAUGUCCCAUGCGCCAUUGAGCAAAUUCGCGGCAAGCUAGAGUUGCGCGUCUCAACUUUCCCUCACAUGGCCGGUAUAGUUGUGGUGGAACCAGAAACACUAAAGAUUCGAAGCUCAAACUCUGUCUUCUCUGGCGCACUGUUUGGUUACGAAAAGCCCGACGGAAUGCCUAUAUAUUUCCUCAUCCCCGACUUCGACAAGAUUCUUGCCACAUUAACUGAGGAAGACGGUCUACAACUCAUGGACGGCAUGGUAGUACCUGAGCACAGAUUCCGCAGAGCAGCAGCCUUUUUCGCACUGAAAGAACAACGCCCCAACGCCGCCGCAGCAUUUCUUCAACCCGACGGUAUACCAGCAAGACACCGAGACGGCUCAGAACUGAAAAUUGAUGUGCAGAUGCGCGUUGUUGAAAGCGAAAAACAUACCGACACCAUCGAAGAAAGCAUCGAAGAAGGCGAAUCAGAGACGGCAGAAACAAGCGAUCGAGUGGGCUCUGUGUCACAAACAGAGAUGGUCUUCGCCCUUUGGAUUACAUACUCACGACAUAUCCACACUUCGCCUAUGAAUUUGAAUUUGGAAUCCGCCGACCAUCCAGUCGUUUUGACCCCUCCUCAUCAGCCCUCACCAGGCCAGACUCCUGCACAUACUCCGAUGGAGAUAUUUUCCGACUCUGACUCACCCAAAACCGAGGCUGCCCAACAGCCAAUAUUAUCGAUGGCCUCUGCAAUCCCAAAACAGCUCAAGGAAGCCGCCCUUGAUGCGGCUGCGAAAAAUGGCAAUGGACGAGGAAGAGGAGCAGAGAGACUUGUGUCUGGGUAG